UUUUAAAGCUUUCCUUUUUCGAGUGCGAACUGCAUCAGCACUAUUUAUAAACAACCGAAUAUCACCGAAAUUUCGUGGAAUCCUGUAGUAUUUCGCCGAUGGAGUGAUCCAGCAGGGGAAACGAACCCAUUCAAGUGCAUUCAAAACCGUGAAGAUGAGUUCCUCCGGUCGGGAUGGCCACUCUUCCGGGCUGCAGAUGUCUACAUCGAGCACGGUGCUGACGCUUCCGGAAAAGCAGAAGUACAUCGAGGAUUACGAUUUCCCGUACUGCGACGAGUCCAGCAAGUACGAGAAGGUGGCCAAAAUCGGUCAGGGAACUUUCGGCGAAGUGUUCAAAGCCCGGGAAAAGAAAUCGAACAAGAAGUUUGUGGCCAUGAAGAAGGUGCUGAUGGAUAACGAGAAGGAAGGCUUUCCGAUUACGGCCUUGCGAGAGAUCCGAAUCCUGCAGCUGUUGAAGCACGAGAAUGUGGUUAAUUUGAUUGAGAUCUGUCGUACCAAGGCCACGGCCAACAAUCGGUAUCGAUCGACUUUCUAUUUGGUGUUCGAUUUUUGCGAACAUGAUUUGGCUGGAUUGUUGUCUAAUAUGAACGUAAAAUUUAGUCUUGGCGAAAUCAAGAAGGUAAUGCAGCAGCUGCUGAACGGGUUGUACUAUAUACAUAGCAACAAGAUUCUUCAUCGGGACAUGAAGGCGGCCAACGUUCUGAUUACUAAAAAUGGAAUUUUAAAAUUGGCUGAUUUUGGACUUGCACGAGCAUUUAGUUUGACUAAAAAUGGUCAAGCCAAUCGAUACACCAAUCGAGUAGUAACACUUUGGUAUCGUCCACCGGAAUUGCUUCUGGGCGAUCGAAACUAUGGCCCACCGGUCGAUAUGUGGGGUGCCGGUUGUAUAAUGGCCGAAAUGUGGACCCGGUCUCCGAUUAUGCAGGGCGCAACCGAACAGCAACAGCUUAUCUUUAUUUCACAACUUUGUGGCUCCUUUACCCCGGAUGUUUGGCCCGGAGUCGAAAUGCUGGAGCUCUAUCAAAAGAUGGAGCUUCCCAUGGGACAGAAGCGUAAAGUUCGAGACCGACUGCGACCUUACGUCAAGGAUCCAAACGGAGUGGAUCUGCUAGACAAACUGCUCAUUCUCGAUCCCAAGGAACGGAUCGAUGCCGAUUCGGCCCUCAAUCAUGACUUCUUCUGGACCGAUCCGAUGCCCUGUGAUCUGAGCAAGAUGCUUUCGCAACACACCCAAAGUAUGUUCGAAUACCUGACGCCUCCUCGCCGAGCCUCCCAGAUGCGACAGUACCAACAGCAGAUGGUAAACACGAUGCAGACGCGCCCCCAGGAGAACAGCUACCAGGAUAGGGUUUACUAGUGUUAGCUUUUUUUUCGCUUUUUUAUAUGAUAUAUUAUCUUCUAUAUGAUAACAAUUACUACCAGCGGGUUAUAUGAUUCGGUUGAAAUACACUUUUGAAAACUCCACGAA